AUGAACAUUUUCAAAAUAUCUUUAUCAUUAAUCACUAAUAUUUAUGAAAUAAAUACUGUUGAUAUAGAAGAAGAUAUAGAUUCUAAUAAUUAUAUGGCGGGAUUAUUAUUAGAAUGUGAAAAUAUUUUAAAAUCUAGAAAUGAAGAAUUAGCCGAUUCUUUAAAAAGACAUUUGGGUGAUUUAUUUUUUAAAUAG